AUGAAGGUGCAGAGGAAGAGACGCUUACAGAUGAUGAGCUUGAUGAGGGUAUUGAGCCCACGAAGCCCCACCCGUGCCCAGAAGCUCCUGCUGCAGUAUCUUCCGAGCAGCGACGGUACAAAAUCUGUGACUUGCACUCGUGUGAAAGCACCCUUGCAUCAGUCGUCCCAGUGGCUAUGUAUUCAAUCCUUCUUACUUUGCCUCCGCCUAGGCAGCAAGUCUCCGCCCAAGUCUUGGGAGACGCCGAGCCCUCGUGCGCCACAGAGUGUGUCCCCUGUUACUGGUGCAAAGGAGACCCACCCGAACAAAAAAAGAGCGAUCCUGGAAGAGCUAGAGCAGUGCCGUGUGAACCUAGAAGCACUGUUGACAGCGAAGAAGCAGCGAACCAGCGAGAAGAAGCCCGAGAAGAUCGAUCGUAGGGUGGUCCAUCAAGACACUGAAGAGACACAGCCCAUGGACCCUGUGGCCGCUGCAGCAGUGCUGGAAGAAGCUAGAGUGCAAGUGGCAAGAAUGGAAGCGGCUCAGUUAAAGGAAGCCGCAAGUGGUGGGCGUGAUUCGUCCAGCACAGAGGGCGGAGAGCUCGAGACGGGUGAUGGUUCUUGCGAAGCAGGACCCAAAUCGAGGCCUGGUCAAGUGGAGGCCGUGCGUGAGCCAGCUGCUCGCGCAAGCCCUUCUCACGAGCAGCCGUGUGCUGUCAAGAGAGAGCCAGCUGAGCCUAGGAGUCCAGCUGUGUUAAUCAAGCAAGAGCCAGAAGAAACGCCCGUCAAGAAAGAGCCAGAACUCAAGCCCAUCAAGAAAGAGCCAGAAGAUAAGCCCAUCAAGAGGGAGGCAGAAGAUAUGCCCAUCAAAAAUGGGCCAGCAGAUGAGCCCAUGCAGCCGGAGCAGGAAUGCUUGGGGCCCAACGUCACCAAGCCACACGUGCACCCUGAGUCUGCGCCUACCCUGACCAGUCAAACCAUGCCAAAGCCAAGCAAGGUUGCCCAGACCUCAACCGACACGCCACAGCAGCCGAUUGCAAAAAGACCAGCCCUCUUGGAGGCAGCGCCUGUGCUGUCACCGUCAGAACAGAAGAAGCUAGCCCACGCCAAAGCAGCUUCCGCAAGGAAAAAAGCAGGUAGCAAGGACACUGGUGAUGCUUAUGAUGCUGAAGAAGCCCCGAGGAAGCGCAAGCCAGGACGCCCAGCAGGUUCCAAAGCCAAGGCCCAGCCGGGAAAGAAAGCAGCCCCAAAGGUCAACACCCCCAAGCCCAAGGCUGUGCCCAAGCUGAAAGGAAAGGGCGAGCCUGGUGACAAGGAAGCCCCGGAUGGGCCCAGCUCCAGCCAGGACACCCAGUUCUAUGCACGUGAAGAGGUAAAGCCCAAGGCCAAAUCCCGCGCGAAAGCACCGAAGCCCAGUCCCAAGAAGAAAGCAAAGCAAGAGAAGAAGAAGAGAGAGCCAGCGACGGAUCCCGUAGAGGCUGAAAAGAAGGCCCGUAAAUCUCGGAAGAGUUGCGCGUACAAGAGGGCCAAGGCUGAAAAGUUGGCUCUGGGUUUCAGUGUAGUAUAG